UUGAAAAUUUGAAAUAAUAAUGAAAUUCAUAGCUAAUAACUAAUUAUUUAUGUGACGUAAUAUCCUGUUUUGGUUAAUAAUCUUUAAUAACCAUGCCUGAUUUCCCGCUCAACUGCACUUUGUCAAGUUUGUCACUGAGCAGUACAGUCCUUACUUUAAAGUUUAGACCUUAGUCAAUUUGCAAUCAGGCAUCAGACUACUUUUCAAUAUCUGUUAUUCAUACUUUGCAAGCAAAAAGUCAGUUUAUCCAACCUCUAGCUUAUACACUAUAUAUACUUGUAUGUAUCUUUUUCAUAGUAUGAGUAGGUCACCAAGCCCAGAUCCGGAUAGGAGAGAGGAAGAUCCCAUUCUGCCUCCUGGAGGAGAUCCGGCAAUCCCUCCUGGAGGAGCUCCAGCAAUCCCUCCUGGAGGAGCUCCGGCAAUCCCUCCUGGAGGGGCUCCAGCAAUCCCUCCUGGAGGAGCUCCGGCAAUCCCUCCUGGAGGGGCUCCGCCAGUCCCUCUUGGAGGUGCACCCGUAGUCCCUCCUGGAGCGGCUCUGGGAGUCCCUCUUGGAGGUGCACCCGUUGUCCCUCCUGGAGGGGCUCCAGCAGUCCCUCCUGCAGGUGCACCUGUAGUCCCUCCUGCAGGGGCUCCAGCAGUCCCUCCUGCUCCAGCACUGCCUUUGCUGCACCAGCAAAGGCAGCUCAUUAUUGCCCAAUUGAGGGCUGUCAAUAGACAAAUUUAUCUCAAUCUACCAAGAAGACCUGGCAGGGGCAGGGGUAGGGGAAGGAGGCCAAGACCCCAAGUUGGAACAAAAAAUUAUAACUUUUAUUAACAACAUGUAUCAUAACUUUAU